AUGCGGGGGACGCGUUGGGCGCUGCUGGCGCUGCUGCUGGCGCUGCUGCUGGCUUCCUGCGGCGGGCUUGCGGAGGCCCUGCGAUGCUUCAGCUGCCAGAAGCCCACGGAGGCGUCCGGCUGCGUCACCAUUGCCACGUGCAAGGCCAACGAAACCAUGUGCAAGACCACCCUCUACUCCCGGGAGCUGGUGUACCCCUUCGAGGGGGACGCCACGGUGACCAAGGCCUGCGCCAGCAGGUGCCAGCCCUCGGACGUGGACGGCAUCGGCCUGACGCGGCCGGUGUCCUGCUGUAACGCCGACCUGUGCAACGUGGACGGGGCGCCUGCCCCCCGCGGCCCGGCCCUGGCCCUGGCCCUGACGCUGGCCUCCCUCCUGAGCCUCCCCCUUUAG